AUUUGACAAACGACUUAACUUCACUGUCUUCACUUUGAUCUUGGGUUUGACGUUUCUUUCUCGAUUUAAUACUUGUCCAACAUGGCGCGAGGCCCUAAGAAGCAUUUGAAGCGCUUAAACGCUCCCAAAGCAUGGAUGUUGGACAAACUUGGCGGUGUGUAUGCACCGAGACCGUCAACCGGUCCCCACAAGUUGCGCGAGUGCUUGCCCCUGGUGAUUUUCCUGAGGAAUCGUCUGAAGUAUGCUUUGACCGGAAACGAAGUCCUGAAAAUUGUGAAACAACGCCUCAUAAAGGUUGAUGGGAAAGUUAGGACUGACCCUACUUAUCCUGCUGGAUUUAUGGAUGUUGUCUCAAUUGAGAAGACUAAUGAACUGUUUCGUCUAAUCUAUGAUGUUAAGGGCAGAUUCACAAUCCACCGUAUCACCCCUGAGGAGGCUAAGUACAAGUUGUGUAAAGUCAAGCGUGUGGCGACCGGACCUAAGAAUGUUCCGUACUUGGUAACGCAUGAUGGCCGCACCAUCCGCUACCCAGACCCACUUAUCAAAGUCAACGAUUCCAUCCAGUUAGACAUUGCAACUACGAAGAUUAUGGACUUCAUCAAGUUUGAGUCUGGGAACCUGUGUAUGAUCACGGGAGGCCGUAACUUGGGGCGUGUGGGCACCAUCGUGUCCCGCGAGAGACAUCCCGGCUCCUUCGACAUUGUGCACAUCAAGGACUCCACGGGACACACCUUCGCCACGAGGUUGAACAACGUGUUCAUAAUCGGCAAGGGCACGAAGGCGUACAUCUCGCUGCCGCGCGGCAAGGGCAUCCGCCUCACCAUCGCCGAGGAGCGGGACAAGCGCAUCGCAGCCAAGGUCGCCGCGCAGUAGGGUUAAGGACAAUAAACAUUUAAAACUAUA